AUGGCGAAGGAGGAAGAUGAGGAGAAGAAAGCCAAGAAAGGGAAAAAGGGGAAGAAGGCCCCGGAGCCCGAGAAGCCCAAAAGGAGCCUGAAGGGCACAUCCAGGCUGUUCAUGGGCUUCCGAGAUCGCACCCCCAAGAUCUCCAAGAAGGGCCAGUUCCGGAGCGCCUCGGCUUUCUUCUGGGGCCUCCACAAGGGUCCCCAGAAGACCAAGCGGAAGAAGAAGGCCCGCACGGUCCUCAAGUCCACGUCCAAGCUCAUGACGCAGAUGCGCAUGGGCAAGAAGAAGCGGGCCAUGAAAGGCAAAAAGCCGUCCUUCAUGGUGAUCCGCUUCCCCGGCCGGCGCGGCUAUGGCCGGCUGCGACCUCGAGCCCGGUCCCUUAGCAAGGCGUCCACGGCCAUCAACUGGCUGACCAAGAGGUUCCUGCUCAAGAAGGCCGAGGAGUCCGGCAGCGAGCAGGCGGCGGUGGACGCCUGGCUGCAGCGCUCGGGCUCCCGCAAGCUGCCCUUCCCGUCGGGCGCCGAGAUCCUGCGGCACGGAGGGGGCCGCCUGCGCAGGUUCCCGCGCAGCCACAGCAUCUACUCCUCCGGGGAGCCCGUGGGCUUCCUGCCCUUCGAGGACGAGGCCCCGUUCCGGCACGCGGGCUCCCGCAGGUCGCUGUACGGGCUGGAAGGCUUCCAGGACCUGGGCGAGUACUAUGACUACCACCGGGAGGGCGACGAUUACUACGACCAGCGGUCGCUGCACCACUACGAGGAACGGGAGCCCUACCUGGCUGGCUACGGACCGUACAGCCCGGCCUGGCCGCCCUAUGGUGACCACUACCGUGGGUACCUGCCCGAAGACCCCCGUGACUACUACCGUCCUGACUACUACGGCGACACCGUCUACCCAGGCUACGGCUACUACGAGGAUUUUGAGCCGCCGUAUGCACCCCCGUCGGGGUAUUUGUCUCCCUAUGGCUACCAUGAUGGCUCUGAGGGUGAGGCCUACCCGUACAGCUACCACCUGGAUCCCUAUGCACCCUACGCACCCUACGCACCCUACGACCAGCUGUACCCGCCUUACAGCCUCCCGUACGACACCCUCUACGAUGGACCUUACUUCGAUCCCUAUGGGGUCCCCUACGCUGAAGGCAUCUAUGGUGGCGGGGACGAAGCCAUCUACCCCCCUGGGGUGCCCUAUCUCUACCCGGAAGAGCCAGCCUUUGCGUACCCCUGGGUGCCUCCGCCCAUCUUGUCGCCCCACAACCCGUAUGCCCACCCCAUGGAUGACAUUGCCGAGCUAGAGGAGCCCGAGGACGUGGGUGGGGAAGAACGGCAGCAGACCUCCUUCCGCCUGCCCAGCGCGUCCUUCUUUGAGCAGCAAGGCAUGGACAAGCCCACCCGAUCCAAGCUGUCCCUCGUCCGCAAGUUCCGCCUCUUCCCGCGGCCUCAGGUGAAGCUGUUUGGGAAGGAGAAGCUGGAGGUGCCCCUGCCCCCGUCCCUGGAUAUCCCUCUGCCCUUGGGGGACACCGAGGAAGAGGAGGAAGAGGAGGAGCUACCCCCGGUGCCCUCGAUGCCCUAUGCUCACCCUUACUGGGGUUUCCUCACACCGCGCCAGCGAAACCUCCAGAGGGCCCUGUCGGCCUUCAGUGCCCACCGAGGCCUGGGCUUCAGCCCCGAGUUUGGCCAUCCAACGCCUCGCCCAACCACCUCACUGGCACGAUUUCUCAAGAAAACGCUAUCGGAAAAGAAGCCCGCCCAACGGCUCAAAGGCAGCCAGAAAACCCACAGGGGAGGCCCUGCAGUAAGAGAGGCAGCCUACAAACGCUUUGGCUACAAGCUGGCCGGUAUGGACCCCGACCGGCCCAAUACCCCUAUCAUGCUGAGGCGGGCUCAGCCACAAGCUCGCAACAACAACAACUCCCAUGGCCCACCCUCUCCCAGGCCCUUACCCCAGGCCCUUGCCCACUGGAGUGCACUCAUCCCCCCUCCUGUGCCCGCGCAGUCCCCUAGUCCUGGCCCACCCCCCACCCCCCCCCUUUCUCCCACCCUCUCCAGCCGGCCCCAGCCGACAUCCCCCUACAGCUCCCUCCGCAGGCACCCACCGCCUUGGGCCGCCCCAGCUCACGUGCCCCUUGCACCCCAGGCAAAUUGGUGGGCCUUUGCAGAGUCCCCUCCUAUAAGGCCAGACACCACCCAUGAACUUCUGGCCUUUCCUGUACCCCGGCCCUCAUUCAGGGCCUCCCGUGGCCAUGGUCAUGGGCGAGGGGUGGCCUUUGGCUUCCCCAGGACCUCCCCAGUGGGGUCAAGGCGGCAGGCCUGGACCCAUUUGCCCUCACCGCGGCCCUCGUUGAGGAGCUUGUCAGGUCAGGGCUACCACUCACCUGUGGGGUCCCUGUCCCCUCAGGUGUCCCGCCUCAGGGGUCCCUUCCAGCCCCCCUUCCCACCCCCUCCUCACCGGCCUCAAUCACUAAGGAAACCUCUGCCACUUCGCAGAGGCUCUGGGCGCCUAGGCCCACCCCGAUCACCGGUGCUGGGUUCUCCCCGACCACCCUCACCACCUCCACUGCUGGGCCAGGGCCCUCGGCACCGGUCCCUCAACCUGCCUUCACGUCUGCCACGCACGUGGCGGCGCCUCAGCGAGCCACCCACCCGGGCUGUGAAACCAUGGGUCCAUGGGCCUUUCCGCCAGCCAACCAGUGCCGGCCCUUGGGGGACAGCCACAGGGUCCCUGGAGCACCAGGAAAACCAGAACGAACCAGAGGACUCAGACACGCCCUGGACGGUGCCCCCACUGGCUCCCAGCUGGGAUGUGGACAUGGCUCCUACCCAGCGCCCACCCUCCCCUUGGCCAGGAGGUGUGGGCAGCCUCCGAGGCUUUUCUAGGCCACCUCCUGUGCCCGAAAACCCCUUCCUAGAACACAUGGGCUCCACAUCGUCACCCAUCCCUGAGCCUGAGGACCCAGCUUCUGACUCAGCUGGUGUCUUCCUGGGCCAAUACCACGACCCAGGCCCUGGGCAGCCUACCAAGUCAGCUGGCCCAAGCUUGGAGAAUCCUGAAGAAGAGGUCACCCUAAGUGACCCCCAACCACCAGCCAAGCCUGAGACCUUGAUCCCAGUACUUUCCGAGGAUGUCCACCCAGAGAAGAAAAUCUUACAAUUCAGUCUCUCAUACCCCCUGGCCACUCAGACAAGGGCCACAUGGCCACCGUGGAAGCGCUGGAAGACACUACCCAGAGCUCAGAACCCAAUCUCCCAACCUUCUCAUUUCAGAGUGUGGCCCAAAGGCCAGGAGACAGUGGGGCACGGGUCCUUGGCACCUACCAGGACUCCAGGACCCCUGCCUAAGGCGGGUGCACGGCCCCAGGCUGGCCCUGGGCGGUUUGCUGUCGUCAUGCCUCAGGUGCGAGGACUAAGCUCGUUUCAGCGAACGGGACCUGCUGCCUCAAAGUCCCCCAAAGAGCCAACCCAGAACUCGGAGAAGGGCUUGGAGCCCCAAGCCUGGCAUCCUCGCUGGUCCCACCCCUGGCCACAAGCAUGUGCCCACCCUCUCUGGCCACAAGUACACACCCACUCUCGAUCCCGCAUCCUGGGCCAUAGAGCUACCUUCCUGUCUCUCAGGGAUCCCUGGAAAGAGAUUGGUCCCAAAAGCUGGCGGAACAAGAUGCACUCCAUCCGCAACUUGCCUUCUAUGCGGUCCCAUGAGCAGCACAGGGAAGAUGGUGUGGAGGACAUGACACAAUUGGAAGACCUCCAGGAGACCACUGUGCUAGCCAAUCUCAAGACCAGAUUUGAGCGCAACCUCAUCUACACCUACAUUGGCAGCAUCCUGGUAUCGGUGAACCCAUACCAAAUGUUUGGGAUCUACGGGCCGGAGCAGGUGCAACAGUACAGUGGGCGUGCCCUGGGAGAGAACCCCCCGCACCUCUUCGCAGUUGCUAAUCUCGCCUUAGCCAAAAUGCUGGAUGCCAAACAGAACCAGUGUGUCAUCAUCAGCGGGGAGAGUGGCUCUGGAAAAACAGAGGCCACAAAGCUGAUUCUGCGCUACCUGGCCGCCAUGAACCAGAAAAGGGACGUCAUGCAGCAGAUCAAGAUCCUGGAGGCAACACCUCUCUUGGAAGCCUUCGGUAAUGCCAAAACCGUAAGGAACGACAACUCCAGUCGCUUUGGGAAGUUCAUGGAAAUCUUUCUGGAAGGGGGCGUGAUCUCUGGUGCCAUAACCUCCCAGUACCUGCUGGAGAAGUCAAGGAUCGUGUUUCAGGCCAAAAACGAGAGAAAUUACCACAUUUUCUAUGAGCUGCUGGCUGGGCUCCCUGCACAGCUGCGGCAGGCCUUCAGCCUACAGGAGGCCGAGACCUAUUACUACCUGAACCAGGGUGGGAACUGUGAAAUCACCGGCAAGAGCGACUCGGACGACUUUCGCCGCCUGCUGGCUGCCAUGGAGGUGCUGGGUUUCAGCGGUGAGGACCAGGACAGCAUCUUCCGCAUCCUGGCCUCCAUCUUGCAUCUGGGCAAUGUCUACUUCGAGAAGUAUGAGACGGAUGCCCAGGAGGUGGCCUCAGUGGUGAGCGCCCGGGAGAUCCAGGCUGUGGCAGAGCUGUUGCAGGUGUCCCCCGAGGGCCUGCAGAAGGCCAUUACCUUCAAAGUGACCGAGACAAUGAGAGAGAAGAUCUUCACACCCCUGACUGUGGAGAGUGCAGUGGAUGCCAGGGACGCCAUUGCCAAGGUCUUGUAUGCACUGCUGUUCAGCUGGCUCAUCGCCAGAGUCAACGCACUGGUGUCCCCAAGGCAGGAUGCAUUGUCCAUCGCCAUCCUGGACAUUUAUGGCUUUGAGGACCUGAGCUUCAAUAGCUUUGAACAGCUGUGCAUCAACUAUGCCAAUGAGAACCUUCAGUACCUGUUCAACAAAAUCGUCUUCCAGGAGGAGCAGGAGGAAUAUAUUCGGGAGCAGAUAAACUGGCGAGAGAUCGCCUUUGCAGAUAACCAGCCAUGCAUCAACCUCAUCUCGCUGAAGCCCUACGGCAUCCUGCGUAUCCUUGAUGACCAAUGCUGCUUCCCACAGGCCACAGACCACACAUUCCUGCAGAAGUGCCACUACCACCAUGGCGCCAACCCACUCUACUCCAAGCCCAAGAUGCCACUGCCCGAGUUUACCAUCAAGCACUACGCAGGCAAGGUCACCUACCAGGUGCACAAGUUCCUAGACAAGAACCAUGACCAGGUGCGCCAAGAUGUGCUGGACCUGUUCAUGCAGAGCCGGACGCGGGUGGUGGCACACCUCUUCUCCAGCCACGCAGCACAGGCUGCCCCUCAGCGCCUGGGCAAGAGCAGCUCUGUCACCCGACUCUACAAGGCGCAUACCGUGGCGGCCAAGUUCCAGCAGUCGCUCCUGGAUCUGGUGGAAAAGAUGGAGAGGUGUAAUCCCUUAUUCGUCCGUUGCCUGAAACCCAACCACAAGAAGGAGCCAGGUCUCUUUGAACCAGAUGUGAUGAUGGCACAGCUGCGCUAUUCAGGGGUGCUGGAGACUGUGCGGAUCCGCAAGGAGGGCUUUCCAGUCCGACUCCCCUUCCAGGUGUUUAUCGACAGGUACCGCUGUCUGGUGCCUCUCAAGCUCGACCUGCCAGCAGACGGGGACAUGUGUGUGUGUGUGCUGAGCCGCCUGUGCACAGUCAUGCCAGAUACAUACCGUGUGGGGGUGAGCAAGCUCUUCCUCAAGGAACACCUGCACCAACUGCUGGAGAGCAUGCGGGAGCACGUGCUGAACCGGGCUGCCCUCACGCUGCAGCGCUGCCUGCGUGGCUUUUUCAUCCAGCGCCGCUUCCGCUCCUUGCGCCGCAAGAUCAUCCUGCUGCAAAGCCGGGCCCGGGGCUACCUGGCCAGGCAACGCUAUCAGCAGAUGAGGCAGAAUCUGGUAAAGUUCCGGUCCCUGGUGCACACCUACGUGAACCGCCGCCGCUUUCUCAAGGAGCUCAGCAAGCGGGAGGUGGUGGCUGUAGGGCACCUGGAGGUUCCAGCCGAGCUGGCUGAGCUCUUGAAAGCAGAAGCAGGCCUCAAUCUGGCUGGUGUGCCCCGAGUAGCCCCUGUGAGGACUCCUCGGCUCCAAGCUGAGCCCCGUGUCACACUACCUCUAGAUAUCAACAAUUACCCCAUGGCCAAGUUUAUCCGGCGCCACUUCAAGGAACCUGCCUUUGGGAUGCUGACAGUGCCCCUGAGGACACCCCUCACGCGGCUGCCCACUGAGUACCAUGCAGAAGCAGUGAGCAUCUUCAAGCUGAUCCUGCGUUUCAUGGGGGACCCCCACCUACAUGGCACCCAGGAGAUGAUCUUGGGGAACUACAUCGUGCACCAGGGGCUGGUGGAACCAGAGCUUCGGGAUGAGAUCCUGGCCCAGUUGGCCAACCAAGUAUGGCGCAAUCACAAUGCCCACAAUGCUGAGCGUGGCUGGCUGCUGCUAGCUGCCUGCCUCAGUGCCUUCGCACCUUCCUCACGCCUCGAGAAGUUCCUCCUCAAGUUUGUGUCUGAUUAUGGGCAGAAUGGCUUCCAGGCUGUAUGCCAGCACCGCCUCCUGCAGGCCAUGGGCUCAGGGACCGCCCGCACCUUCCCCCCAACACAGCUGGAGUGGGUUGCCACUCAGGAGAAGGCUGGCAUGGCGUUGGAUGUGAGCUGCUUCAAUGGUGACCAGUUCUUCUGCCCAGUGCAUUCCUGGAGUACGGGGGAAGAGGUGGCUGGAGACAUUCUGAGGCACAGGGGCUUGUCUGAUGGCUGGCGGGGCUGGACAGUAGGUAUGAAGAACGGAGCCCAGUGGGCGGAACUGGCGGGCCAUGACUACGUGCUAGACCUAGUGUCACACCUGGAGCUGCGCAGGGACUUCCCGCGACAGAAGUCCUACUUCAUCGUGGGUGCAGAAGGGCCCGUGGCUGGCAGAGGAGGCCCCAGAGUGGUGUUUGGGAACUUCUGGGACUCAGAUGAGGAUAUACCCACAAAGCCCCAGGGCCACAUGCCCAAAGUGCCUGACUCCGAUGGGUUCUGUAGCCACAGUGAGGACACUACAAAUGGGAAGACUGAAGCCCCAAGAGGGCCCGGGACCUAUCAAGAUGCAGACAGCCUUCAAGAACCUGCUGUGGCCCCACCAGGGCUGGAUGGAUACCUGGACAGCCUCUUUGACCCUGUGCUGGCCUGUGGGAAUGUGGACUUGGACAAGCCGACAGCCAUUGCCUACCGCAUGAAAGGCGGGGGCCAGCCUGCUGGUGGUGGUAGCAGCGGUUCGGAAGAUACCCCCUGGAGGACCCCGGAGCCCAAGCCUAUCCCAGGCCUGGAUGCCUCCACGCUGGCUCUGCAGCAAGCCUUCAUCCACAGGCAGGCAGUGCUACUGGCCCGGGAGAUGACCCUGCAGGCUUUGGCACUCCAACAGCAACAGCCUCUGAGUCUAGCCCCAGGACCCCUGCCCCCAGAGAAAUCCCCAGCAUCGGAGACCCAGCCAAAACCUGCAGCCACGGGUCCUCCGGCCAAGCCAGUGCGCAUGCGCCCCACUGCACAGCCUUUGGCCUCAGUCCCUGCAGCCAAGGCCCAAAGAACCCCCAACAAGCCCGUGGCUGCCCCGAUCCUAGCUCAGGAUCAGGCUUCUCCAAAAUCCACCUCGGCCUCCCCCGAGCUGGUCCGCUACUCCACUCUCAACUCAGAGCACUUCCCACAGCCCACACAGCAGAUCCGGAACAUCGUCAGGCGGUACCAGCAGCCACCCUGGGGAGACCGCCCCAAAGCCCACAGAAUGGAUGGUGGGAAAGUGUUCAUGAAGCGCCCUGAUCCCCAUGAGGAGGCCCUUAUGAUCCUAAAGGGGCAGAUGACCCACCUGGCAGCAGUGCCUGGCACCCAGGUAUCAAGAGAGGCUGUAGCCCUGGUGAAGCCGGUAACCAGUGCCCCAAGACCAUCCAUCGUGCCCACUCCAGUGCUGCCUUCAAGGUCGCUGGAGCCCCUGGAAGAUCCCAAGCAGACACAGCUGCACCAUCCAGUCAACCCCAACUUCUAUGGCUAUCAGGAUGCCCCAUGGCAGAUCUUCCUGCGGAAAGAGGUGUUCUACCCCAAGGACAGCUUCAACCACCCUGUGCAGCUAGACCUCCUGUUCCGGCAGAUCCUCCAUGACACGCUGUCUGAGGCCUGCCUGCGCAUCUCUGAAGAGGAGCGGCUCAGGAUGAAGGCCCUGUUUGCCCAGAACCAGCUGGACACACAGAGGCCUCUGGCGACGGAGAGUGUGAAGCGGGCGGUGGUCAGCAUGGCCCGGGACAGCUGGGAAGUUUACUUCUCCCGUCUCUUCCCAGCCACGGGCAGUGUGGGCACUGGUGUGCAGAUCCUUGCUGUGUCUCACACGGGGAUCAAGCUGGUGAGGAUGGUCAAGGCCAGCAGAGAGUCCAGAGGACAGCUGCGGGUCCUACGCGCAUACAGCUUUACAGACAUCCUGUUUGUGACCAUGCCAUCACAGAACAUGCUGGAGUUCAACCUGGCCAGCGAGAAGGUCAUUCUCUUCUCAGCCCGAGCCCACCAGGUCAAAAUCCUGGUGGACAACUUCAUUCUGGAGUUGAAGAAGGACUCUGACUAUGUGGUUGCUGUGAGGAACUUCCUGCCUGAUGACCCUGAGCUGCUGGCCUUCCAUAAGGGUGACAUCAUCCACCUGCAGCCUCUGGAGCCACCUAGAAUGGGCUACAGCGCCGGCUGUGUGGUACGCAAGAAGCUGGUGUACCUGGACGAGCCGCCGCAGAGAGGCCCUGACUUUGGCUGGCGGUUUGGGACGGUCCAUGGGCACGUGGGCCGCUUUCCUUCGGACCUGGUGCAGCCGGCGGCGGCGCCUGACUUUCUUCAGCUGCCAGCCCAGGCCAGCCGAGGUCGGGCUGCCACCGUAGCUGCUGCUGUGGCCUCGGCGGCAGCAGCAAGGGAGGUGGGCCUCAGGAGAGAGGGGCCCCUCGUCAGGGCAUGUUCCACUGACCCUGGGGAGGACGCCCUGGCACUCCCACCAAGCACAAUGCUUGAGUUUGCCCAGAAGUACUUCCGAGACCCUGGAAGGCAGCCUGGGGAUGGCCUCAGGCAGAAGUCCAAGGAGGAUAAGGAAUCCAGAGCCCUGACAGACAUGCUUCGCUUCACUAAGGUCCCAAUCCAGGAAUCCCUCAUCGAACUCCGUGACAGCAGCCUUAACAGGAUGGCCAUUGAUAUGUUCCUAGCCGUGAUGAGAUUCAUGGGUGACGCUCCCCUGAAGGGCCAGAGUGAACUGGACGUGCUCUGUACACUCUUGAAGCUUUGUGAGGACUAUGAGGUCAUGCAAGAUGAAUGCUACUGCCAGGUUGUGAAGCAGAUCACGGACAACACCAGCAACAAGCAGGACAGCUGUCAGCGGGGCUGGAGGCUGCUGUACAUUGUGACUGCUUACCACAGCUGCUCUGAAGUCCUCUACCCACACCUUGUUCGCUUCCUCCAACAUGUGAGCGGGACCCCAGGCCUGCCCUUCCAGGGAAUCGCCAAGGCCUGUGAGCAGAACCUGCAGAAGACCUUGCGUUUCGGAGGCCGCUUGGAGCUCCCUAGUAGAAUGGAGCUACGGGCCAUGCUGGCAGGCCGCAGUUCCAAGAGGCAGCUCUUUCUUCUUCCUGGAGGCCUUGAGCGCCACCUAAAGAUCAAAACGUGCACUGUGGCCAGAGACGUGGUGGAGGAGAUCUGUGCUGAGAUGGCCCUGACACGCCCUGAGGCCUUUGAUGAGUAUGUCAUCUUUGUUGUCACCAACGGAGGUCAGCACGUGUGUCCGCUCAGCCGCCGGGCCUACAUUCUGGACGUAGCCUCAGAAAUGGAGCAGGUGGAUAGCAGCUACAUGCUCUGGUUUCGGAGGGUGCUCUGGGAUCAGCCACUCAAGUUUGAGAACGAGCUGUACGUGACCAUGCACUACAACCAGGUACUGCCUGACUACCUGAAGGGCCUCUUCAGCAGUGUAUCAGCCAGCCGGCCCAACGAGCAGCAGCUGCAGCAAGUGUCCAAGCUGGCCUCACUGCAGCACCGCGCCAAGGACCACCUGUACCUGCCCAGUGUGCGGGAGAUCCAGGAGUACAUCCCCACUCAGCUCUACCACACGACAGCCAGCGACAUCUGGCUCAACCUGGUCAGCCAGCACCGACAGCAGACACAGGCGCUCAGACCCCACCAGGCCCGCGCCCAGUUCCUGGGCCUCCUCAGUGCUUUUCCUAUGUUCGGCUCCUCAUUCUUCUUCGUCCAGAGCUGCAGCAAUGCCACGGUGCCAGCCCCCUGCAUCCUUGCUGUUAACCACAAUGGCCUCAACUUCCUCAGUACCAAGACCCACGAGCUGAUCGUGAAGUUUCCCCUGAAGGAUAUCCAGUCGACACGGACCCAAAGGCCCACAACCAACUCCAGCUACCCCUAUGUGGAGAUCACACUGGGGGACGUGACAGCCCAGCGUACCAUACAGCUGCAGCUAGAGCAGGGUCUGGAGCUCUGUCAUGUGGUGGCCGUGCACGUGGAGAACAUGCUGCGUGCCCGGGAGGAACGGCUCACGCUGCCCCCCAGCGAGAUCACCCUGCUCUGACAGUCCUGCCUUCCAC